ACAGCCAUUUGCUCCUCCUAUAAUCUUCUCUCAAGAAAAGAAAAAAGAAAAAGAAGUAAAUGGCACUUAGCAACAAUGUCAUCGGAGCCAUCAACUUUGUUGCCAUGCUCCUCUCCAUCCCAAUCAUUGGUGCCGGAAUAUGGCUUGCCACAGAGCCAGACAAUUCUUGUGUCAAGAUUUUACAAUGGCCUGUCAUAAUUUUGGGCAUCUUGUUCCUGGUUGUGGGCAUUGCAGGCUUUGUGGGAGCGUUUUGGAGAAUCCCAUGGCUCCUUAUCUCUUACCUCAUUGCCAUGCUGGUUCUUAUAGUCUUGCUUGCUGCUUUGGUGGUCUUCAUUUACAUGGUCACCGUUAAAGGCUCUGGCCACCUCGAACCGAGCCGGUCUUACCUGGAGUAUCAUCUGGAUGACUACUCAGGCUGGCUUCGCCGUAGAGUGCGAAGCCCUUGGAAGUGGGACCGCAUAAGAAGUUGUCUCAGCUCAACAAAUAUGUGUGGCGAGUUGAAUCAGAGUUAUCGCAUGGCUCAGGAUUUCUUUAACGCGCGCAUUACCCCCUUACAGUCAGGAUGUUGUAAGCCACCCACACAAUGUGGCUACACCUUUGUGAACCCAACGUAUUGGAUAAGUCCCAUAAACAAUGCAGCAGACAUGGAUUGCCUGCAGUGGAGCAAUGACCAGACCCAACUUUGCUUCAACUGCGAUUCUUGCAAAGCUGGCUUGCUUGCAAAUAUCAAGAAAGAAUGGAGAAGAACCGACAUAAUAUUGCUCAUCACUCUUAUUGCUCUAAUUUCUGUGUAUUUGAUUGGCUGUUGUGCUUUCAGAAAUGCCAAGACUGAGGACCUUUUCAGAAAAUACAAACAGGGCUAUACCUGAUAGCAAAUAGUUAAAGGAUGCGGUUGGGGGUCUUGUAUUAUUAGAAUUAAUAUUUGAUUUCUUGUAUGACUUCUUUUCGUGACAUGAAUUAUUUAGGGUGGUGGUGUUUUCAGAA